GCCCGAGUCUGAGAAUAUUCUCAAAAUGGAAGAGCCUAAGUACCGCAUUCUCAAGCCUCAGAAAACCCGAGUUCACGCGAGGUCUCCGUCAUCUCCAUCCCACUCUUGCAUCUCUCCGCAUCAAAACUUCGAGAUCGCUCCAAAACAGGACUUUGGAGUUGGGAGAAUUUUCCAAAAAUCUUGGCAGCAAAUACCCCGCAUUAGUAUCGCAUCGGCCCCGCGAACUUGCAAUCUUGCGUCAUGCUCUGCUCGGAUAUCCCCCAGCUUUCCCCGCAAAGCGUGUGGAUAAUACUUGAAAAGACCUGCUGAGAAGCCUGUUUAUUCGGUCUAUUGUUAUGACGAGCAAUUUCGGCUCGGAGGAUUCAGUCCUACUCUUAAAGGGCUUGUGUGCGCGCUGAGAUGCUGUCCUUUAAGUCGACAUGCCGGUUCCCGCAAUGGACGUCGGAAUUUUCCUCUUUGGACUGGUUGGCUGCUUGGCAGUGGCACAGGAGACGGUUGCAACUGCGACUUCGGCCUCGUCGUUGGGUGGCACACAAACAGUCGGCUCAGCUGCUUUUAGCACGACGGCUGGUUUCUCGUUGGAAGACUACUGGAACCAAUAUGUCGGACCGGUUGCCAGCCCUCCGAUCAACACCACCGUGGAAGCGACUCCAGUUCCAUCGAGCGAACUCAUACUGCCACCGCCGCUUUAUUAUGCUUCGUUCCCCAGUGGCCAGCAUCCUUUCCUGCAGCCGAAAAACGAAAGCUGGUCGUUCCCGAAAGACUUCUGGUGGGGUGUGUCCGGUGCAGCAUACCAAAUCGAAGGCGCGGUGAAAGAUGAAGGAAGAGGACCGUCAAUUUGGGAUGUCUUCUCCCAUCGGGUUAACGGCUAUGUUGUCACAAAUGAUACCGGUGACAUUACGAACAACGAAUACUACAUGUACAAGCAAGAUAUCGCGCGCCUUGCCGCACUUGGCGUUAAAGUCUAUUCCUUCUCCAUAUCGUGGUCUCGCAUCUUCCCAUGGGGCUCCGGCGAAAUCAACGAACUUGGACUGAAGCAUUACGACGACGUUAUCGAGACGUGUCUGGAGUACGGCAUUGAGCCAGCUAUCACGCUCUUCCACUGGGACUUGCCGCUCUUUUUGCAAAACAAAUAUGGUGGUUGGCUGAGCCCCGAAAUCGUGGACGAUUUCGUCGAAUACGCCCGUGUCGCCUUCACCCGCUGGGGCCCCAAGGUAAAGCAGUGGUACACAAUAAAUGAAAGAUCAGUGUACUGUGGAUAUUAUCCGCUUACUAAGCACUACUUUUCGUCAAUAGUCUACCCAGCCGAGCAACAGCCAUAUAUCUGUAGUCACAACGUUCUCCUCGCGCACGCUCAAGCCUACCGUCUAGGCAAGAAGCUUCUCAGCCCGAACAGUACCAUAACAUUCAAGAACAACGGCGGAUAUAAGAUCCCGCGUACCAAUUCUAGCGCCGACGCUGAAGCGGUACAGCGCAGUUGGGACUUCAACGAAGGCCACUUCGCGCACCCAAUCUUUAUCGAUGGCGACUACCCACCACACCUGAAAGCCUACGUAUCCAAAUUUCUGCCCGAGUUCACACCUGAGCAGAAAGCGGCGAUACGUGGUUCCGCCGACUUCUUCGCUCAUGAUGCAUAUACCAGCAAUUUUGUCUUCGCGCCAGACUCAGGCAUCGAGGCUUGCGUUGCGGACCCCAGCCACGAGCUAUAUCCAGGCUGUUACAACGAGAGCUUCUCGUACAACUCGGAAGGUGGCAACUGGGCCAUUGGCGCCGCCUCCGACCCACUCACGACCGAGUGGCUGUACUCAGCCGUAGACUGGGUCCCACGCUUUCUGCACUACAUCCAGGACACCUGGGCACCGGAAGGAGGCAUCGCCAUCACCGAGUUUGGCUUCGCCGAGCCGUUUGAAAACCUCAAAACGAACAAGAUAGAUAUCCUGACCGACCCCAUCCGCAGCGCUUACUUCCGCAACUACCUGAGCGCGGUACUGCUGGCAAUGAGUGAGGGUGUGAACGUCAUUGGCUGUUUGGCGUGGUCGUUUGUCGACAACCUUGAAUGGAGCAGCGGCUUUGCAAUCAAAUUUGGACUGCAGUACGUCAAUUUUACGACACAGGAGCGCGCGUACAAGGCCAGCUUCUUCGAGUAUGCCAACAUGUUCAAGCAAUAUCAGGAGACCUGAACGGCGUGAGCAAACGAUUGGCAGGGCCCAGGUUCCGUUAACCUAGUCGUAUGUGUAGAAGCAUCUAGGCCCACACCAAGCGCCAGGUAUCGACAGCGUAGCAGUGGCUUUCACCUGUGAAAAAUUUGAAUCCACUAUCCACGUAAAAGGUACGCAAUACCAUUAUGAAGC